AUGAGAAACAGAACAUCAGUGACAGAGUUCAUCCUUCUAGGUCUGACUGAUGAUCCCAAAAUACAAGCUGCGAUUUUUUCCUUUUUAUUUCUCACAUAUGUGCUGAGUGUUGCUGGAAACCUGACUAUCAUCAUUCUUACACUGCUGGAUUCCCAUCUGAAGACUCCCAUGUAUUUUUUCCUCAGGAAUUUCUCCUUCUUAGAAAUCUCAUUUACUUCUGUCUGUAAUCCUAGAUUUUUGAUGAGCAUUCUAACUGGAGACAAAUCUAUUUCCUAUAAUGCUUGUGCAGCUCAGCUCUUUUUCUUUAUCCUUCUUGGUUCAACAGAGUUCUUUCUCCUGGCGUCUAUGUCCUAUGAUCGUUACGUGGCUAUCUGCAAACCUCUGCAUUGUACGACCAUCAUGAAUAACAAGAUCUGCUACCAGCUUGUAGGUGGCUCUUGGCUGGCUGGAUUCUUGGUGAUCUUUCCUCCACUGACCAUAGGGCUGCAGCUGGAUUUCUGUGACUCUAAUGUCAUUGACCACUUCACCUGUGAUUCUGCCCCUUUACUGCAAAUCUCCUGCACAGAUACCAGCACGCUAGAGCUCAUGAGCUUUGUUUUAGCUGUGCUGACUCUCAUGUCCACCUUGAUGUUAGUAAUCCUCUCCUACUCCUACAUCCUCAGAACAAUUUUGAGAAUCCCUUGUGCUCAACAAAGAAAAAAGGCCUUUUCAACCUGCUCCUCCCAUAUGAUUGUUGUCUCAAUCUCUUAUGGAAGUUGCAUCUUCAUGUAUGUGAAAACCUCAGUGAAGGAAGGGGUUGCUUUGACAAAGGGAGUAGCUAUGCUCAAUACUUCUGUGGCUCCUAUGCUCAAUCCGUUUAUUUAUACCUUACGGAACCGGCAGGUAAAACAAGCCGUUAAGGAUGUUGUGAGAAAGAUGCUGUUCUCAAAACAUUGA